AUGCGCAAGUUGUUUGCAUGGAUCCAGAAAACCCGUGCGUUCUGGCUUACAGGCUCCAAUGAAAACGUCGAGCGCAAGUUGGUUCUUGGAGGAGAGAUCGUCCCGGCCGGCACUAAGACGUACGUGGCUGGCAUCCGUAGCACCCGCGACGGCAACAGCUUCUGUGGAGGCACCCUCGUUUCGCCCACCCACGUCAUCACCGCGUCGCACUGCAGCAGCAACUACGACAUCCGCUGGGUGUCUGUGGGCUCGCACUUCAUCAACGGAUCAAGCGAUGGCGAGCAAAUCCGAGUCGUGUCGAUCAUGAACCACCCCAAGUACGACCGGGGCCUCUUCCCCAACGACUGCCUGCUGGAACUGGAGAAGCCCAGCUCCUUCGCGCCCGCAAAACUCGCUGCCGCCGAUGACUCGGACUUUGCUGUGAACAAAACGGCAACUGUGCUGGGCUGGGGGUACACCGCGGACAACGGCUCCGUGUCGUACGAGCUUCGCGGUGUUGACGUUCCGCUGUGGGACGACCAGCGCUGCGCGAAGAAAAUGGGCACGGAGGAGUCGAAGGUUUGUGCCGGUGGAGUGGCGAACAAGGAUUCGUGUGAAAGGGAUUCUGGGGGCCCACUCAUUGUCGAGUCGGAGAAGCAGGGCGUGCUGAUCGGGAUAUCGAGCUGGGGUCCGUCACCGUGUGGAACGGAGGGAGCUCCUGGUGUGUACUCGCGCAUCUCCCGUGCCCGCGCAUGGAUUGACUCGAUUGUCAACGGCACGUGCCUUGCGUAG